UGCGCCGGCCCGCCGAGCCGCCCCUCUCUCAGCCCUCGCACAACUGUCAGGCAGAACCGGCCGGCGGAUAUUGGCUCGGCGACACGCCGAGGCUCCUCCCAGAGUCUGGAUCUUUAUAUUUUGGGAGAAUUUCUUUGAACUCAGUUACAAAGCUGCGUGAAGGAGACAAGUUCCCACAGCCGGCUCGCCGGCGGGGGCGAGGCGAGGGCUCGCCCACUUUCUCUGCAGCGGCCGCGUGCCCUGAUUGUACUCCUCGUUUCCCUGGUGGAGGAACACGGACUUACUUGGCUGAGGAAAAUGCUAAUUAUCUGGAUGUGACCGUGAAAAGAGAACUUGUGACUAGAGGCAGCAGAAGAGGAUGAGGAAAAGCAGUAUUUGAAGAAAGAAUAAACCACCCACUCCGACCCUUUCUGCAAAUUGGUGCUAUUACUUCUGGGGUCCAUUUGCUUUUAUCUCCUCCCCCCAUUAAGAAACCUUGACUUGAGGGCCAAGAGACAGCCCCUUACAACUGGGGGACCCUUCUGGUUUGGAAGACCUUUUGGAUGCAGUGCUGGUGGAACAUUUAGACACUCUGUUCUGGAAAAGCCACCAUGAAUUCGGUAGCUGGGAAUAAAGAGAGGCUUGCAGUCUCCACCAGGGGCAAGAAAUACGGGGUGAACGAAGUCUGCUCGCCCACCAAGCCCGCGGCGCCCUUCUCCCCUGAGAGCUGGUACCGGAAAGCGUACGAGGAGUCGCGUGCAGGCAGCCGGCCGACCCCCGAGGGCGCGGGCUCCGCGCUCGGCUCCUCCGGGACCCCAUCCCCUGGCUCGGGCACCUCAUCCCCGAGCUCCUUUACGGGCUCUCCGGGCCCCGCCUCCCCGGGCAUUGGCACCAGCUCGCCGGGCUCCCUGGGCGGCUCGCCGGGCUUCGGCACCGGCUCCCCGGGCUCCGGCAGCGGCGGCGGCUCCUCCCCCGGGUCGGAUCGCGGCGUCUGGUGCGAGAACUGCAACGCCCGCCUGGUGGAGCUGAAGAGGCAGGCGCUGAAGCUGCUGCUCCCGGGGCCUUUUCCGGGCAAGGAUCCUGCUUUCUCAGCUGUGAUUCACGACAAGCUCCAGGUCCCCAACACCAUCCGGAAGGCAUGGAAUGACAGGGACAACCGCUGUGACAUUUGUGCCACACACCUGAACCAGCUGAAGCAGGAGGCCAUCCAGAUGGUGCUGACCUUGGAACAGGCCGCCGGCAGUGAGCACUAUGAUGGCUCCCCUGGCUCCCCGCCAGCCCUCUCCAGCAUCCCCACCCUGGUGGGGGCCCGGCACGUGGGUGCGCUCCAGCAGCCCAGGGAUUGGGCCUUUGUGCCCGCCCCCUGUGCCUCCUCCAACUACACAGCCUUCGUCACCAACAAGCAUAGCAGCAAACCCAACAGCCUCGGGGUCAGCAAUGGGGCCGAGAAGAAGGGUGGGUCCCCAACCCACCAGGCCAAGGUCAGCCUCCAGAUGACCACCAGUCCCAGCAAUGGGAACAUCUUCAACUCAGUGGCCAUCCAGGCCCACCAAUACCUGGAUGGCACCUGGUCCCUGUCGAGAACCAACGGGGUCACCCUCUACCCCUACCAGAUCUCCCAGCUGAUGACAGAGACGGGCCGUGAGGGCCUGACAGAAGCGGUGCUGAAUCGCUACAACGCAGACAAGCCUGCUGCCUGCAGCGUGCCAGCUUCGCAGGGCUCCUGCGUGGCCAGUGACACUUCCACGGGCACCUCAGUGGCCGCUUCCUUCUUUGCAAGAGCUGCCCAGAAGUUAAAUCUGUCUUCUAAAAAGAAGAAACAUCGACCUUCUACUUCUUCGGUUGCCGAGACACCUCUCUUUGCCACCAGCUUCAGUGGCAUUCUGCAGACCUCCCCUCCCCCAGCCCCACCCUGUCUGCUGAGGGCUGUCAGCAAGGUGAAGGACACCCCCGGCCUGGGCAAGGUGAAAGUCAUGCUUCGCAUUUGUUCCACAUUGGCUCGUGAUACCUCAGAAUCCAGCUCUUUCUUAAAGGUGGACCCACGGAAGAAGCAGAUCACCUUGUAUGACCCCCUGACGUGUGGAGGUCAAAACGCCUUCCAAAAGAGAGGCAAUCAGGUUCCGCCUAAGAUGUUUGCCUUUGAUGCGGUUUUUCCACAAGAUGCUUCUCAGGCCGAAGUGUGUGCUGGAACGGUGGCAGAGGUGAUCCAGUCUGUGGUGAACGGGGCAGACGGCUGCGUGUUCUGUUUCGGCCACGCCAAGCUGGGAAAAUCCUAUACCAUGAUCGGAAAGGAUGACUCUAUGCAGAAUCUCGGCAUCAUCCCCUGUGCCAUCUCCUGGCUCUUCAAGCUGAUAAACGAACGGAAGGAAAAGACCGGAGCCCGCUUCUCAGUCCGGAUCUCAGCCGUGGAAGUGUGGGGCAAAGAGGAGAACCUUCGGGACCUGCUGUCCGAGGUGGCCACGGGCAGCCUGCAGGACGGCCAGUCCCCGGGCGUGUACCUGUGUGAGGACCCCAUCUGUGGCACGCAGCUGCAGAACCAGAGCGAGCUGCGGGCGCCCACCGCGGAGAAGGCCGCCUUCUUCCUGGACGCCGCCAUUGCCUCGCGCCGGGGCCACCAGCAGGACUGCGACGAGGACGACCACCGCAACUCCCACAUGCUGUUCACCCUGCACAUCUACCAGUACCGGAUGGAGAAGAGCGGGAAAGGGGGAAUGUCUGGAGGCCGCAGUCGCCUACACCUCAUCGACCUCGGCAGUUGUGUGAAAGCCCUUAGCAAAAAUCGGGAAGGAGGCUCAGGGCUGUGCCUCUCGCUGUCUGCUCUGGGCAACGUCAUCUUGGCUCUGGUCAAUGGCAGCAAACACAUCCCAUACAAAGAAAGCAAGCUCACCAUGCUGCUCCGGGAAUCCCUGGGGAACAUGAACUGUCGCACCACCAUGAUUGCUCACAUCUCGGCAGCAGCCGGGAACUACGCGGAAACCCUGUCCACCAUCCAGAUCGCCUCGAGAGUCUUGAGAAUGAAGAAAAAGAAAACGAAGUACACAUCAAGCUCCUCCGGGGGAGAGAGCUCCUGUGAAGAAGGCAGAAUGCGCAGGCCCACCCAGCUGAGACCCUUCCACGCCAGGGCCACGGUGGAUUCAGACUUCGCUAUCCCUCACCUGUCCAGUGACCCCGACUACUCUUCCAGCAGCGAGCAGUCCUGUGACACGGUCAUCUACAUUGGGCCAAAUGGCACAGCCCUCUCUGACAAGGAGCUCACCGACAACGAGGGUCCCCCAGACUUUGUCCCCAUUGUGCCGGCCCUGCAGAAGACCAGGGGUGACAACCGGCCCGUGGAGGCUGGAGAGGCCACGGCCAGCAAACCUGAAAGGGAUUGCCUGAAGUGCAACACGUUUGCCGAGCUGCAGGAGAGGCUGGAUUGCAUUGAUGGCAGUGAAGAGCCCAGUAAGUUUCUUUUCGAAGAGCUGCCUGCCCAGUUUGGGGCAGAGCAGGCAAGCAAGUGUCCCCCGUUAAGCCAAGCGGCUGGGGCAAACCCGUUCAGUGAGUCUGAUAAGGAAGAUAAUGCAUCAGAUGGCCAGCUGAGUGACAGAGAAGGCACUGACGCCCUGGCUUCCAGGAGGCAGAGGAAUCACUCGCCUGCCCCUGCAGCCGUGCUCACCAACAGCCCCCCUCCUGCCUCGCCCAGGAGUAUCCCCGGCAGCAGCAGCCAGCACAGUUCUUCCCAGCUCGUGCAGAGCCCCAGCCUCCAGAGCAGCCGAGAAAGCCUGAACUCCUGUGGCUUUGUGGAAGGCAAGCCCCGGCCCAUGGGCUCCCCGCGGCUGGGCAUUGCCAGCCUGUCCAAGACCUCCGAGUACAAGCCGGCUAGCUCUCCUUCCCAGAGAUGCAAAGUCUACACGCAGAAGGGCAUCCUGCCUUCCCCUGCCCCCCUGCCUCCCUUGAGCAAGGACUCCUGCACGGUACCCAGCGAGUCCCUGCUGCAGCCUGAGGUGCGUACACCCCCGGUUGGAAUGAGUCCCCAGGUGUUGAAGAAAUCCCUGUCUGCUGGGAGCGAAGGGUUCCCCGAAGCCCCUGCUGAUGACGAGCAUGAGGCAGCAACGUCUCCAGAUUCCAAGAAGGAGAUCGUGAGCACCACCAUGGUGACGGUGCAGCAGCCGCUGGAGCUGAACGGCGAGGACGAGCUGGUGUUCACGCUGGUGGAGGAGCUGACCAUCAGCGGGGUCCUGGACGGCGGCCGCCCCACCAGCAUCAUCAGCUUCAACAGCGACUGUUCUGUGCAGGCCUUGGCCUCGGGCUCACGGCCUGUCAGCAUCAUUGGCAGCAUCAGCGAGGACCUGGAGUGCUACUCCAGCAUGGCUCCGGUCUCCGAGGUCAGCAUCACGCAGUUCCUGCCCCUCCCGAAGCUGAACCUGGACGAGAAGGGCCGGGAGGCAGGGAGCAGGCGUUCCUCCAUCAGCUCCUGGCUGAGUGAAAUGAGCACAGGCAGUGAUGGCGAGCAGUCGUGCCACAGCUUCAUAGCCCAGACGUGUUUCGGGCAUGGGGAAGCAAUGGCAGACCCUCCGGCCUCCGAGUUUGUCGGCGGCCUCCAGAACACUGCCGUGGUGUGCCGGGAGAAGCCAAAGGCAGGCCCCGAUAAUGUGCUCAUCUUGUCCGAAAUGGGGGAAGACUCUUUCAACAAAGCCACCCCCAUCAAAGGCUGUAAGAUCUCCACCCUGGGCAAAGCCAUGGUCACCAUCUCCAAUACGGCAAAUCUGAGCAGCUGCGAAGGGUACAUCCCCAUGAAGACCAACAUUACGGUGUACCCCUGCAUUGCCAUGAGCCCCCGGCAUGUCCAAGAAACUGAGGCAUCCAUGGCCACUGCCGGCUCAGCCUCCAAAGCAGCCCUGUCCCAGGAGAGCAAGGAAACCAAUGCAAAGAAAGAGAUGACAUUUGAGGACCCCUGGCUAAAACGAGAAGAGGAGGUGAAGAGAGAGAAUGCUUAUCCCAGUGAAGGAGAGAUGAAGUAUGAGAGUGCGGCCGGCCCCGCAAAGCCUGAGGCCAGAGCAGAGCGGGAACAGGACAGGAAGGCCAGCCCCAGUGACAGGCUGAUCAGCAGCAGCGGUGAGGCGUCUGCCUCCUCUGGCACCGACAACUUCAGGAGGGUAGUGGAUGGCUGUGAGAUGGCCCUGCCCAGUGUGCCUGCACAGAGCCCUGCAUAUCCCAACAAAAGCCUGAAGUCCAGCAGCCUUCCCAGGGCUUCUCAGAAAGCCAGCCGACAGGAGGAGCUGGACGGCAUCUUCUAUCCCUGCGCCCCCGAGACCAAUGGCAUCGGUUCGGCUCCGGGCAUCCAGCCCUCCAAGGCAACCCUGGAGAGGAAGGUGGCGUCACCCAAGCACUGUGUCCUGGCUCGCCCCAAAGGGACUCCCCCUCUGCCCCCCAUCCGAAAGUCCAGCUUGGACCAGAAGAACCGGGCCAGCCCCCAGCACGGUGCCGGCAGCGGUACCAGCAGCCCCUUGAGCCAGCCCACGGCCUUCUUGGCCAGCUUCCCGGAUGAGCCUAGCGGCAGGGUGAGGGAUGCCAGCAGCAGCAGCAAGCUUUUCAGCGCCAAGCUGGAGCAGCUGGCCAGCAGGACCAACUCCCUGGGCAGGACCACCGUCAGCCACUACGAAUGCCUGUCGCUGGAGCGCGCCGAGAGCCUGUCCUCCAUGAGCUCCCGGCUGCACGCGGGCAAGGACAGCACCAUGCCCCGCGCGGGGCGGAGCCUGGGCCGCAGCGCCGGGGCGUCGCCCACGACCCCCGGGCCGCCACAGCCGCAGUCCGCCGGGGCCUCCCCGAAGGCCAGCCAGUCGAAGAUGUCUGCGGUGAGCAAGCUGCUCCUGGCCAGUCCCAAAGCGCGCAGCCUCUCCACCUCCACCACCAAGACGCUCAGCUUCUCCACCAAGUCGCUGCCGCAGUCGGUGGGCCAGAGCCCCAACCCGGCCCCGAGCGCGAAGCACAUGUCGUGGUCCACGCAGUCGCUGAGCAGGAGCCGCGGCGCCGGGCUGGCGGCCAAGCUGCCGCUGCGCGCGGUGAACGGGCGCAUCUCGGAGCUGCUGCAGGGCACCGCGGGGCCCCGGGCCUUGCAGCCGCGGGCCGGGCCCGACGACGAGCGCGCCGGGGGCCCCGACGACAAGCCGGCGGCCGUGCCCCUGCUGCCGUCGCCCUACAGCAAGGUCACGCCACCGCGGAAGCCCCACCGCUGCAGCAGCGGCCACGGCAGCGACAACAGCAGCGUGCUGAGCGGGGAGCUCCCUCCGGCCAUGGGCAAGACCGCGCUGUUCUACCACAGCGGUGGCAGCAGUGGCUACGAGAGCAUGAUACGCGACAGCGAGGCCACCGGCAGCGCGUCCUCCGCCCAGGACUCCAUGAGCGAGAACAGUAGCUCCGUGGGCGGGAGGUGCCGUAGCCUCAAGACCCCAAAGAAACGCUCCAAUUCAGGUUCUCAGAGACGGAGGCUCAUCCCAGCGCUGUCCCUUGACACCCCCUCCCCCGUGAGGAAACCCGCCAACAGCACGGGGGUGCGCUGGGUGGACGGCCCCUUGCGCAGCGCCCAGAGGGGCCUCGGGGAACCUUUUGAGAUUAAAGUCUAUGAAAUCGAUGACGUGGAGCGGCUGCAGCGGCGACGAGGGGGCAAUAGCAAGGAGGUCACGUGCUUCAACGCAAAGCUGAAGAUUCUGGAGCACCGCCAGCAGAGAAUUGCCGAGGUCCGAGCCAAGUACGAGUGGCUAAUGAAGGAGCUGGAGAUGACGAAACAGUACCUGAUGCUGGAUCCCAACAAAUGGCUCAGCGAAUGUAAGGCCCGCGGUUCAUCUGCAUCCUUGCGGCUGCGGGGUUCACCAGCUAAACAGUCUGUUGACCUGGAACAGGUUUGGGAGCUGGAUUCUCUGGAGUACCUGGAAGCGCUCGAGUGCGUGACAGAGCGCCUGGAGAGCCGCGUCAACUUCUGCAAGGCCCAUCUCAUGAUGAUCACCUGCUUUGACAUCACCUCCAGGCGCCGAUGAAGAGAGCCGGCCCCCCCCUCCCCCCCCCGCCCUGUGCCGGGCCCCUCGUUCCCGCAACCCCAGAGCCAGUCACACGCACCACCGGGCUCGGUGCUGGCGGCGCUCAGAGACCACAGAAUGAGGAUGAAGGUUGGUGGCAAGUGUGGAGUGACGUUGAGCGGAAGGCGGUUUUUCUUUUGUUUUCUGUAGGAAAGGUGCAAACACCAAACACGCAUGGGAGGAGAAAACGAUGGGAAGCCCAAGGGAUGUGGAAGCCCCGUGAGACUGAAAAAGCACUUUGAGGAACUUUCAAGAAUUUGUUUGUACAUAAGAACUGCUGGCAAAAGAGACCUCACUCUUCUCCUGGUUUUGUGAGAAAGGGCUAAGGUGGACGUGGGAUUGCUGUUGCAAGCUGACGCAAAACAAUGAGAAUUACCCAGAAUGACUGAUUAAGUGCCUUGCAAAUCUUUAUUAUUAUCCAAACAUUUAUGUUCAUACUUUCUUGUGUACAGAUGGUGCUAGUCGCGAUGCAAGCAACAAAACAAACAAAAAAGAAAAUCAAACACAUUGUUGAAAUGUUAUUUACAGCUCGUGUCUUCUUGGUGUCUUCUCCUAUUUCUGACUGGCUCUUCCUAAGUUGUGUUUAUAGCGCUAUUUCCUGAUCAGUAUUGCAUAUGAAUAAAUGUUAACUGUCUUUUAAGGUUCUUCUGGUAAGGCCACUCACACAGAACAUGGAGACUUCACUGGCACAAGCCAGUAGGUCCAAAGGAGGCUGGAGCAGCAGGUGGCGUUCGCUUUCACCUCUCCCUGGGCCGCGUCAGCAGGUUGAGCCUGGAGCAGGUGUACAUGAGCUUGAGAGAACGGAAGAGGAGACAGGGGCUGCAUCUUUAAGGGGUUAGGAGCCUUUCUGAGCUGGGCCCCGUGUGUCCUUUGUUCUGUAUUCAGUUUCCCCUCCAAGUCCUGACACAUACACGGGUUCCUUUCCCCACACAUCCAGGGCUUUCAGGACCCUCAAAACUUAUUUUUUGUAUUCAUUUUUAUUCCAAAGACUCUGGAUUGACAGCUUGAACCAAUUCACCAGAGCCAUGAUUUUGUUCUCUAGUUUUGCGAAUUUAUUAGAACGGGGGAUUGCUCCCAGUUUGGAGACAUCCUCGGGCUUGUAUGCACUCAAAGAUGAGUGUUGGUUUAGAACAAGAACAGAUGUUGGGCUUGCACAGGUUUUCUGACGUCCAGAGUCCUGCUGAGAUGGGAGAAGUUGCAGUUCUCCCAAGUUCCAAAGCCUCUAUCCCAAGAAAGGACCGUCUUGCCCCGCAGCCCUGGCACCUAACGGCAGAGGGAGGUUUCCCGUCACAUACCAUGCACCCCUGCAGAAGCAGAGCACGUGUUUUAUGCUUGUGGGUGUUCAGGUCUUGGCUCCCAGGUACUUUGGAGC